CUCGCAUCAGCUGAAAAACACCAUAAACUAAUUCAAGAUGUUUCGACUUGUCGUCUUCGCUUGCAUUGCUUUGUCUCUAGCACAAGGAUCUUUCCUUCCUGCCCAACCUUAUGAUUACGGAUAUGCCGUCAGGGAUCCUUUCAGCCACCAGUACAAGCAAGAAGCCGGAAACGGUGUUGGAGGUGUAGUGGGAAGCUACGGUUCCGUUGAUGCUGGAGGAAAUAUUCAAUAUAGAAAUUAUGCAUCGGGUGCCGGAUAUCCCAUCUACGGCUAUGGAUUAAAUGGAUACGGGCUUAGAUACGAUGGAUAUGGACUUCCAUACGGGGCUUAUGGAAAUCUUGGUUAUGGCUAUGGAGGCGCAUUGGGAUACCCUGCCUUGUUUUAAAUGCUCUACGGAGUGCCUUGAUCUGUUAAUAAAUAAAUUAGACGUUUCUGCUCUCAUAACAGAGGAUUUUCAAUAAGCCAGUAACAUUUAAAUAUUUUAACUGAAUUCUUAAUCAAAAACAUUG